AUGGGGGCCGUCAGGUUGGAAGUGGGGGGCCAUUGGGGCCACCAGCCGCGGCCCUUCUGGGUGUGCGACCGGCGGCGGGGGCGGCCCCGGGGGCUGGUGGCCGCCAGCCUGGAGGAGCUGCGGGAGCAGGCAGGGGAGGCGCUGAGCCUGGGGCCGCUUGUGACGCUGGUGCUGGCAGAGGAUGGGACAGCGGUUGAGACAGAAGGGUUUUUCGGCGCGCUGGCACCCCACACCCCCCUCAUGGCCCUGGCACCGGGGCAGCACUGGGAGCCCCCCAAGGCCAGGCUGUUCAGGGAGCACUGGGAGCCUGAGCCCCCCCAGGCACGGGGGUCCCGCCCCGGGGACGAGGUGGCCCGGGUGACGGUGGCCCUGGCCAAGGCGAGUCCCCACGACCUGGUGGGGCAGCUGCGGGUGACGGCGUCCGUGAGGGGCCUGCGCUGCGACGUGGGGGGGCUCGGCCCCGAGCGGCUCCUGAGGGAACUGCUGCGGCUGGUGGCGGCCAUGACGCGUGCCGUGGGGCAGAGCCUCCUGAGCCUCUCUGCCGCCCUCCGCCGCCUCCUCGACAGCGCCGCGCCCCAGAGGGUCACCUAUGACCGCUAA